GUCGCCACCUCCGUCGACUACUGGUGGGCGCUGCACGGGCUGCGCGACGGCAGCGACGAGUACGAGCGGGCGCUGGAGGGCGCGCACGAGCGCGGCGCGCGGCGCCUGUUCGAGGCGUGCCUCAGCAACGGCGGCCUCUACAUCAAGCUGGGCCAGGGGCUGGUCUCCGUCAACCACAUCCUGCCGCGCGCCUACAUCGAGACGCUGCGCCCGCUGCAGGACCAGUGCCUGGCGCGCGGCGCGGGCGAGCUCGAGGAGGUCUUCCGCGAGGACUUCGGCGGCCGCGCGCACACCGACCUCUUCGCCGCCUUCGACGAGACGCCCAUCGCCGCCGCCUCGCUCGCGCAGGUGUUCCGCGCGCGCACGCACGACGGGCGCGAGGUGGCGGUGAAGGUGCAGUACGCCGACCUGCGCGAGCGCUUCCACGGCGACGUGUCGACGGUGCGCCUGCUGACGCGCCUCGCCGGCUGGAUGCACCCCAAGUUCGACUUCGAGUGGGUGGUGGAGGACCUGCGCGCCACGCUGCAGCAGGAGCUCGACUUCGGCCACGAGGGCCGCAACGGCGAGCGCUGCGCCAAGGACCUGGCGCACCUGCCCUACGUGCACGUGCCCCAGGUGCUGUGGGACCUCACCAGCCAGCGUGUGUUGACCACUGAAUUUGUAGACGGUGUAAAAGUGAGUGACAAGAAGCAAUUACAGCAACGAGGGUUCUCCUUGGCUGAUGUUGACCGCAAGCUGUUUCAUACCUUUGCAGAGCAGAUCUUCCAUACAGGGUUUGUACAUGCUGACCCACACCCUGGCAAUGUGUUGGUACGUCAUGGACCUGAUGGUAAGGCCCAGCUUGUUGUGUUGGAUCAUGGUCUUUAUGAAGUAUUACCAGCUCGGGUACGCAAAUCCUUGUGCCACAUGUGGCGAUCCAUAGUUCUCAAUGACCACCCUGGUAUGCAGCGCUUUGCAGCUGAGUUAGGUGUUAAGGAUGACUAUCGUCUCUUCUGUAUAAUGGUGUCCCAGCGUUACAUCCCUACACGUGACAGCGGUGAACCGGACAUAUUUAGCUACUUUUUUGGAGCCAAAGGGCCCAAUUUCUCCAGACAGAAUUUCAAGCACCUCACAGCAGAAGAAUGGCGUGCAGUGAGGCAGGAUAUAGACCGCAUUGAGGAUCGGGCUCUGCAGGUGCUUAGGGACAUUCCGAGCAAACUGUUGCUGGUUCUUAGUUGUGAAAAUUUAAUUGCUGAAAUUCCUUUCUCUUUUCAGGCUUACAAUGUAUUGCCUGUUACAGACUACCAACAGUUAGCUGAGAUUCUGACCCAAAGUCCUCUCAGGAUAGACUUCCAGUUGAGAACUAGGCUUACGGAAGAGGAUAUGAAGUAUAUGACUGAUGUAGCACGGGAGCGUUUUGACAAAAUCAUGGCUGCUCUCCGUGAUAUGCCCAGGAAUUUGCUGUUGGUGGUUCGGAACCUGAAUACAAUUCGGGCAAUUGCCAGAGAACAUGGAGACCCAACUGAUCGUUACACUGUGAUGGCUCGAAGUGCUACACAAGGCGCAUUUGCUUCGCCUGAAGCUGGUCUGCGCCAGAGGCUAGCUGGCUGGAGAGAAAGAUGCUACUUUGAAUUCCGACUUUGGGUUGCAGCUCUUCGGUUAUUCUUCCUGAGAACAUUCUUCCGAGUCUUGCAAGUGCUUGGACGCUCUCCUGAUCUAUCUGCCAUUAUGAAUGAACCUCGCCCUGCUUUAUAUGGUUCUAUGGCAGCGUAACUUCAUAACAUAAAACUUUCUUCUGCUCAGUUUGUCCAUACAAGCUACGAACCGAGCAAUUGAGAGCUUGCAAGAAUGAUGCUGAUAUUUGAAGUGUGUGUGAUGAGAUUAUUGUUACAUGAUGGCCAAGAGUUAAUUCAAUGAGAAUGACCCUGGGAUUUGAAAUUGAGAUGCAAGUAAACUGAAUGACUUUGAAUGUUUUCUGAUGAUGUUAUAAAAAGAUGUACAGGUUGUCAGUAAGAAAUAUGAUAUUCAUUUUUUAUUGCACUGAUGAUAAAUCAUUGUACAGUCAUAUCAAAACAUGAAGAAAUUGUUUGUAAACGUUGAUAUAUGUAAUGUUAUUUGUUAUACAAAUAUAUGCCAAAGUUAUCCUAAGUGUAGAUUGAUUUGUCUCUAUGAUAUGCAAAGCUGUGUUAAAGGAUGUAGGCUCUUAAGAAUGAAUGAGACCUAAUUUUUGGAUAUUAUAAUAAUAAUUAUAUCCAAAUAUAUGAUGAGAAUUUCAAAAUAUCUCCUAUUUAUUAAUUUCAUUUCAUUGAAUAAAUAAUCCAAGAUAUUUACAUAAUCACACUUCCUCAAUUGUUUGAGUGUAGAUUUCCAAAAUGGUUAUGUCUGCAGGGGAGGUGUUGAAUGAAAUUAAGGAGUGUUUCAUGAAAAUAUGGUAUAGAAAUGAUAAAAUUGAAAAGAUGGUCACACAUGUUUUGUCUGUUUAUGUAAUAGAGAAUUAAAAUCAUGAAAAUGUCUCAAUUUUUAAAAACCCAAAAUAUUUAACUUUUUAAGUUCAAAUUUGGAAAUUCUUAUGAAAUAUAUGCUGCAGCAGACUAAAACAUGCAAAUACUGCAGUUAAAAAUACAGAUAUUUGUCAGAAUUGCAAAACUAUAAAUGAAACUAUCUGUAGACAAGAAUAUAACCAAAGUAAAGAAGAGAUAACCGUGACCCUGAAUGGCAAUAAACAUAGAUAUUUCAAUAUUAGAGAUGCUCAAAAUGGAGAAUGUAUGGAAACACAUAGUGUUCAUUUGUAGGGCUUUUAACUUUUCAAACCUGACGUGGCCACACCCUACCUCCACAAAUAGAAUUCCUGACAGCAACAUCCCUUUUGCAUCUUAUUACUGCAGCAAUAACAUUUAGAUGGGCAAAGAUCAGUGGUUGUGGAUCUGGUUAUGACAAAUGAUCAAACCACACAUGGGAAACAGGAGCUUAACACCCCUUUCGGAAAUGUGGUGAGCAUGUUUUAACACUCAACAUACAAAUUAGCACACAAUAAUGCAUACAGAGGAACCCAUUAGGACUGUCUGCCUUGCGAACUUUAAAAUUAUUAAUAUGAAACUGGUAGAUUAUCGAGGAAGUGGUCUCCCUCAAAACUGAGAAUCAACGAUUUAUGACUAACACUACAAACCAAUAUUAUGCAAGGUCGGCCAUUUUAUGACAUUUGUGGUAUUGAUAUUUCCACUCUCAAAGUUCUAUAUUACAGGAUUUUAUAAUAAUUAUUACAAUACAUUAACUUAUAAUGUAUUUAUGGAAGAUGUCACCAUUAAAUGAAUAUUAAACAUUCUUCAUUGACAGUUUGAGUUUCUCUUGCUUCUGUAAGUUUGACCUUCUCAUCUAAGGCUAGAGUUU